CCCAUUAUCCGUGAACCGAAAAAGGGAAGAGAAAAACGCAAAGUCGAAGCCAUGUGGGCUGUUUUCCCCGCCACACCCGGACUUUGCCUCCUACCUCUCACCCCUUCCGGCCUCACCAUCUCAGCCAAUUCUAAGCCAGCGCGCCACCGCUCCAAACCACCUGGAAACGACGCCGUCACAACAAAAGACAUCAAAGGCCUAGGCCACACCAUCCUCACAGCGCUUAAUUCCAGUCAUCCCAGCACUAAGCCCGACCCAAUCCCAGAACAGCCAAAACAAGGAAAACGCAAACAAGCAAAGCAAAAACAAGAAGAAGAGGGAAGGCAGAUUAGUGGGUCAGAUGUGCUUUGGGCUCUACAGAGAGCAGCCGCUCAGAAAAAGGCGACGAGUGGAAGUAAGAAAAUGAAGAAGCAGAAGGGGGUGUCAUCUUCUGCCGGCGGUCACAGGGAAGAGGGCGGUGUGGAUUAUAGUAAAGCGAGGCCGUUUUGCGUUAGGAGUGAGUGGGGUGUGAGGUUGGAUGAGUUGGAGAAGCGCCUUCAGGAGCUUUCUGAGACACAUUGAGGAUUCGAGGGAUGCAAGAAACAGAAAAAC